GCACAUGGCCGAGGCACACACCUCCUACUUAUGGUGUUCAGUCCCGUGUAGGGAACGUGAAACAUUUAACUUCCGAGCGACCUCGGGACACCACACCUCUACUGGCUUGUCACUCUCACACCGUUGGAGUGUUUUUUGCGUAAAGUAACAACAGAGAUUCUUUUUAAAAAUCAGAAUGCACUGCCUGAAGAAAAUUCGUCCGGCAAACACGGGGGUUAUUAAACUGCUGGUACAGAAUGCAUCCACCCAGGCCAGGAAUGGGAGCAGAUCCACAGGUGUGAUCCGCGCGGCUCCCGGCGCACCGGCGUUCAGUACCACCGGAGCAACAGUCCUGCACCAAACCUGUCACCAGCCCAGCGUAGGCCUGUCCGACUCAGAACAGGCACAAUACAGUAAACGAAUGGUCAAUCACCUGGAGGACCUACUCUUUUACACAAUCACCCAAGGAGAGGAUAAAAUCCCUGUUUCCCGCUUCAUUGCUGCCCUGCGCAGCACAGGUCUGAUGCCGUCGGACCCCCGUCUGCGUGACUGCAUGCGGCAGCUGCAGCAGUCCAUCCACGAGUCCAUCGGCACGGUGAUGAUGGACCAGGAGCUUUUCAGGAAGUGUGUGGGCAGCAACAUCGUGCUGUUGACUCAGGCCUUUAGGAAGAAGUUCAUCAUUCCCGACUUCGAGACGUUCGCCUCUCACAUCAACGACAUCUACUACUCUGCUCAGCAACAGCGAGCAGGACAGGUGGCUGACUACAUUCCACAGCUGGCUAAAUCAAAUCCGGAGUCAUGGGGAGUUUCCCUCUGCACGGUGGACGGCCAGAGACACUCGGUGGGGGACACGCGGGUGCCAUUUUGUCUGCAGUCGUGUGUGAAGCCCCUGGAGUAUGCGGUGGCGGUGCACGAGGCGGGCGGCGAGGACGUCCACAAGUACGUCGGGAAGGAGCCCAGUGGACUCAAGUUCAACAAGCUCUCCCUGGACGAGGGCGACAAGCCUCACAACCCCAUGGUGAAUGCAGGGGCCAUUGUCAUCAGCUCGCUACUUAAACCUGGCGCAAAUAAAGCUGACAAGUUUGACUAUGUGUUGGAAUAUCUGAAGAGGAUGGCAGGAAUGGAAUAUGUGGGAUUCAAUAACGCUGUUUUUCAGUCUGAGAAGGAGACAGGCGAUCGAAACUAUGCUAUUGGAUACUACCUCAAGGAAAAGAAGUGCUUCCCUCAGUCAUCUGAUAUGAGCGCUGCUCUGGACUUCUACUUCCAGCUGUGCUCCAUUGAGGUGACGUGUGAGUCCGGCAGCGUCAUGGCUGCCACGUUGGCUAACGGAGGGAUUUGCCCCAUCACCGGGGAGCGGGUGCUGAGUGCCGAAGCUGUGAGGAACACUCUGAGUCUCAUGCACUCCUGUGGAAUGUAUGACUUCUCCGGGCAGUUUGCCUUCCACGUGGGCCUACCUGCCAAGUCAGGGGUGUCCGGAGCAGUGCUGCUGGUGGUACCCAACAUCAUGGGAAUGAUGUGCUGGUCCCCACCGCUGGACAGAGUAGGCAACAGUGUCAGAGGAAUCCACUUCUGUCAGGAAUUGGUGUCCCUCUUCAAUUUCCACAACUAUGACAACCUGAGGCAUUUUACUAAGAAGCUGGACCCACGCCGGCAGGCGGGUGAUGACAGGAACAAGUCUGUGGUUGAGAUGAUGUUUGCUGCCCACAGCGGAGACGUGUCCGCUCUCAGGAGGUUUGCCCUGUCCGGUAAGGACAUGGACCUGGUGGACUACGAUCGCAGGACGGCGCUCCAUGUGGCGGCUGCUGAGGGUCAUGAGGACGUUGUGCUGUUUCUAACUCAGAUCUGCAAGGUCAACCCUCUGGUCAAGGACAGGUGGGGAAAUACCCCUCUGGAUGACGCUCUCCAGUUCUCCAGGGCCAGCAUGGUGAAGGUCCUGCAGGACUAUGAGCAGCAGUACACACAAGGCAACAUGGUGCCCCCUCAGACGCAGGCCGAACUGGAGCAUGUGGAGCCCCAGAAGCUGGACACCCUAACAGGCCUCAUCUGACCGUUUGCAGCCAAAGUGGAACACACACAUUCACAUAAGCACUGCAACAGUGGCUCUAGUCACUCAGCCACACUUACGGUAUAGGACUCCUCCAGAUUAAAGCAACACCAAGUAGAUUUACCCCUCGCGCCGCCCUGCAGGCCAGAAGUGGAAUUGUCUCUCAAAGAGAAACACGGAGUCGAUGCUAUGUUCCCACGCUUGCCUAGUGUGUGGUUAUAGGCACAUGGAGGGUGGUAAAUUCAUAAGUGCCUUUUCAAGUGGUUACUACCGAAGUUCAUAACAGGACAUUGGAACUAUUUUGGUUUAUUAAGGUUUUAACCCCUACUUAGUGUUGCUUUAGAAUACAUAGGGGAUAGCCAGUCACAUUCAGUGGUGGUGGGUCUUUAGGGUGAAUUAUGACAGUAGAAGCGUCUCAGUGAUGCAAGAACUCAAUACUGAGAUCAUAAAACAAUUAUCUGAAUGUUAUUUGUUGAUUAAUGCAGAUGGUUUAUACUGGAAACGAGAAGGUUAACUGUAAAAGAAUACUCAACUGGCAUCCUUUGUCGGGAUGUGUGGAGCACUGACAUUGACUGUAUGUUACGUCUGAGCUCAUGAAUGUAUUUAAAGAAGAUGUAUUAUAUUUAAAUAUUAUUUUUGUAUAAAUAUUUGUUGCGUUAAGCAGGAACACACCUGCGUAUGGUCACAAAUACAGUGCAACACACAAACACGCAUAAUGUGAGACUAGACAAUGAAUGUACCCGGUAUUCAGGUUGUACAUAAAGAGAUGUGCCAGGUACCAGAUGUCUUCAGUAUCAUCACCUUUCACUGUUUCCCCUGUUAACGAGACGAGAUAAGCUCGUGCCAAUAAUUACACAGCUACCUCUUUGGACGUUUGUCGGCGGUGAUAACAGCCUAGAAAAUGAGGAAACCGUCAAGUCUGACAGUGAUCCGUUCUUGGACGACACACUUCCCCUGCGAUAAGCAGCGUGCUGAUGAAAGAAUGCGCACAGGCAACCACUGACUCCAUUGUUACCUCCAGGGCCUCUGUAAUCGAUUACAUAAUUAGCUCAUAAAAGACAAGAGAGGGGUUGCAGCACUUUGGCUCAGUCAGAGAUAUGUGUCUGUGAAGAGACAACCUACUCGAGGUUUAGCUCAGACAGAUAUUAUCCAACCAUGUUGAUUGUGUGCUUGUUUGUAGUCAGGGUGCACUUUUGUUCUCCCUCACAUUGUGGUGUAUGAUAUUGUGGAGGGAGAUAUGCUGGAGAAUCAGCCAAACUGUCAGGAAAACAGCACAACGCCUGUCUGGGCUUGUCUAUCCACUGCAGCUCAUUAGAGCACAUUUCUAAUGAGAAACCCACAUUUGCACACUUGACACAUCACUCGAGAUGCACAUUCAUCUCUGAGGUGGUAAGUGGUUUGUGAUAGGCCAAAUUAUUACGAACGUGCAUUAACUGAUGUGAAUUAGACAUGCAGCAACUGAACAUGGGCUGUAUCAUUACGCUACAGUACAGGUCAGAGAGCAGGGAGGACGUCUACGGAGACUUGAUAUUUUCAACAUUUUCUAAGUCGUUAUUGCUAGCAAAUGUAGCCCCACUGUCCUAGGCCUGACUUCAGGGACCACCACAGCAAUAUUACUGUUCCUGUGGUUUCUUCAUACACGUAUGCUUGCACUCACAUGCUAAAUUGAUCCAUCCCAUUUUACCUUGGCUAAGCUAUAUCUAAUUCUUCUGUCCAUGGGAUCUUCUACAUAAAAAAAAAACAUAAAUGGGAGGCAAUGGAGAGACCUUUUCUGUACUCCAGUUUGUUGUCGUUUAAGAUCUUAAAGGGACACUGUGUGAGAUUUUUAGUUGUUUAUUUCCAGAACUCAUGCUGCCCAUUCACUAAUGUUACCUUUUUCAUGAAUACUUACCACCAGCAUCAAAUUCUAAGUAUUCACUAUGACUGGAAAAAUUGCACUUUUCAUACAUGAAAAGGGGGAUCUUCUCCAUGAUCCGCCAUUUUGAAUUUCCAAAAAUAGCCAUUUUUAGCUGCAAAAAUGACUGUACUUGGACCAUACAAGAAAAUAUGUGUUUAUUACUUAGUAAACUUUCAUGUAAAGAUCAAAUUUGGCAAUAGGCAGCCCAGUUUCAAUGAGCAGCAUAGUUGCAGUACCUUUUUUGACCAUUUCCUGCACAGUGUCCCUUUAAAUGAUAGCUUCAGUCAAUUUCAACAUGCAGUUGUAAUGCUCACACUACCCUGGACUUGUCAGUACCAGAGUUUUUUUUUGUUUUUUCCUUUCUUCAGCCUUUUCCAAGAUUCUGGUCAUUGUAAUGGGGGCAGUGGUUUGUUUAUAUUAAAAAACAACUAGCAAACAGCGGUACCUUUUGGGAAAAUAUUUGGAGUAGGCCUUUGUUAAUAAAAAAAAUGUAAACAAACGCUGCCCCCAUCAGAAUAGCUCAUAUCUCGGAAAGGGCUGAGCCGAAAAAUGUGGAAUCACGGGGUACUGGCAAGUCAAGGGUAGCGUGAGCAAUACAACAGCAUUUUGAAAUUGACUGAAGUGGUCCAUGGACCCGUGACAGUCUCCCCAUUGACAACAGAGUAAGUUUAUACAGCAAUACAAGAUUGACAUUAGUAAACAAGCCAGGGUUGUGAUAUAUGUACAUAAUUUAUUUAACAAUAUCUUUUUUUUGUUUUCUCGUCUUUUUUGUGUAAAGAUGUGCCAAAAUGUUCAGAUGACUAUAUUUGUGUGAAUAAAAAUAAUUUUUUGGAGUAAUUAAAAA